AUGAUUCUUCCAGUUGGGUCACAGAGAUUUGAGGAGGCAAUGCAAAUGGGAUCUGGAACAUAUCAUCAUUUGAAGGCUGUUAUUGCAGAGAAAUAUGGUGCACAUGUAUGUAAUGUUGGUGAAGAUGGUGGCCAUGCUCCUGAUAUCACCACCAGCUCUAGAGAAGGACUAGAUCUUGUAAUGGAGGCAAUUGGUAGAACAGGGUAUUUUGAUAAACUACAGACUGCAGUUGACAUUGUUGCCACUGAUUUUUGA